GUCUGGGACAGAUUUCGCAAUGUACCACAAUACUAGCAACACCUUGUAGCUAGUGCUCCUGCGGUCUCCUCUAUGGGUGGGAACUGUCGGUCUCCAUGGCAUCUCCUUGGAGACUCUGACGUCAAUGGUCUGGAAUAUUCCCAGAUCCAGUUCCAGAACCUCAGUUCCUUUGAAGAUCGAAGAAGCAAAGUGUCUUGCUGGAAGAGAAACUGCAAACCUUCCACUGUGUUGCAGAACCAUCGCCAGCCUUCCACUGUGUUGCAGAACCCCUACCACUGUGUUGCAGAACCAUCGCGAGCCUUCCACUGUGUUGCAGAACCAUCGCGAGCCUUCCACUGUGUUGCAGAACCAUCGCGAGCCUUCCACUGUGUUGCAGAACCAUCGCGAGCCGUCCACUGUGUUGCAGAACCAUCGCGAGCCUUCCACUGUGUUGCAGAACCAUCGCGAGCCUUCCACUGUGUUGCAGAACCAUCGCGAGCCUUCCACUGUGUUGCAGAACCAUCGCGAGCCGUCCACUGUGUUGCAGAACCAUCGCGAGCCGUCCACUGUGUUGCAGAACCAUCGCGAGCCGUCCACUGUGCAUGUGUUGCAGAACCAUCGCGAGCCUUCCACUGUAUUGCAGAACCAGCGGAGCAGUGCGAGCAUUCUCCAGCCAUGGAAGGAUAGAGCUGAAGCCGUGCAGGCUGCAGGAGCUAUUGUACAGACAAGCCAUGCUGCUCUGGGACUGAUUGUCCCCCAGGUACAGAUAGCCAUGCUGCUCUGGGACUGAUUGUCAAACUAGCUGUUAAAUAAAUGUUUUGUAUUUUUAGGUACUAGACAUUGGCUCACUCACUGUUGAGAAAGGUAAGCAUGUUUCUGACUCUGCUUGUUUCUUCUUCUCUCUCCGUCAGGUACAACUGAGAUGUACGUGCUGUUAGGUGGUGGUUGGUCAAGCUAGUUAGCUGUUCAAUAUUCUAGAAAUGUUUUUUGUUUGUAGUGCUUGCUUCUAUCGAGAAAGGUAACUGCCCAUUUUUAUAAUAAUGGUUUAUAAAUUUAAUUGUACAGUGCCUGGGUUUGAUGUCUUGUCACCGUGUUGGUUAGUAAUGGUAGGUCAUGCUCAACAUGUCGGAGCAUUAAUGAUAGUUUUCUCCACAGGUCAAGACAGUGGAACUAACGGUACGUAAAGUCCAUUUGCUUAGUGCUACCAUUAUUGUGUUCUGCAGAUGUGUAGCAGAUUAGAGGGAGGAGUGCUCGGUGCUCUAACUAAUGUGUAGUGUUAUGAUUAAUUUUUGUGCAAUGCUGUAUUUAUAAAAUUAAUUAUGGCACAAGGUGAAA